AUGAUCACACAACUUGAGUCGGAGCUCAUCUCCUGGCAUCGCACUUUUCCCGACUAUUCUGCAACGCGAGCAGAGCAGGCGACCGGAUCGACAGUAACCGAGUUGCCAUUUAGCCUUAUGCCUCUAUGGCACUACUCUUUUAUGACCCUGAUGACAGAUUUAGACGUCCUGGAACUGGCGAUUGGAAAAGAUGGGCCGGACGUUUCCCAUUCAGUCCGACAGUAUGUGUCGUCGUGGAUAUCUUCCCCAGACUCCAAGCGGUGUCUCCUCCACGCACUACUGUUGCAAAAUUUCAUGGUCAAUACUAGUAUGGGCUCGGUUAUGGCCAUUCAUACGCCGCGCAUCUUGUUCGCUGCAGCAGUUUGUUGGGCUUGUUAUAUGCUCUAUCAACCAAGCAUCCCCUCUUCCAGUUCCUUAUCAGCCCAGUUCACCGUCCAUACAGACAGGACAGAUGUAUUCGAGUCUCUAGAGCUUCUUCCAGAAAUUCGAGCAAUGGACAGCUCAACUUGGUCUUCCACACUACCAUCAGGGUUUACGGGUAAGCAGGCAAGUGCAGCACUGAAAUCCAUUCUCACUGCAAACACCGCUGAGAUGAAAGCCGCCACACUUUGCGUCUUGGAAACCAUGCUGCGUCGCCUGGGCACCGGCGGCAUCUCAAGACGCUUCGCCGACAUCAUCCAGAUCCUGAUCGCGGGUGAUGGCAAUGAUUGGGUUGACUGA